AUGCCCGAUAUACAGCCUCAAAAAAUAGGGUUGAAGUUCAAGCCUUUGUCUCUUAUGGUCUUGUACGAGCUCGUCACAGAUGUCAAGACCACAAGAUGUCGUAAGAUCCCACUACAGGCUCGAGGUAAAAGCGCGCUUCAAGUAAUGGAAGAACUGUUAGCGCGUCCAAGUCACAUUACGCUGCUUUCAGCCAUCCCAAAAAAGAAGCUUCUCUCUGUGAUAAAUCGGAUUCCGAACAUCCAGAAGAGCGAAUGUCCAGCUUUAUUCGAUGAUGAAAUCAAAGAAAAUGAACAGUCUGAGCCUGCUGCCGAGCCUCUGGCGCGAGCACUCGUCCGAGCUCCAAGUCGAGCUAGCCAACAAGUCAUGGAAGCACUUCUCAAUUCCGACACUGAUGAUGAUGACUCUAACAAAACUGGCAAAAGCGCGAGUGAUAAAGAAAACACAGCUGAGCAAAAAGAAGCCACCAAGACAGACGAAGAGAAGAGCGCGAAAGAAAGCUCGCCCGAGCCUUCCUAUACCGAUCCCAGUGAAUCCAUCUCGGAGAACAUCAGCGAAAAAGAAGACUCUUCCUUCUCCUUGAAGAAUGAUUCCGAGUCAAAAGAUCCUUUUUCUGAGAAGGCCGACGAAAGUGAUGAUGACAUUUUCAACACUUUGAAAAGUAUCGAUGCGAGCGGCAAAAAGAAAAAUAGCAACAUCCCGAUCUUCAGCGACGUUGACAGUGACAGUGAAUCAGAUGCAACUGACUCGGAUGACAGCUUCAUGCGAAACUUGAACCAGGCAAAAGCGCACCAGGAAAACCGAUCGAGCACACCGUCCAAUGUUUCGGAAGUAAACAGCAUUUUGAAUGAAGAAAAAAACCUAAAUAUUCUAUCCGACAACGAGCUAGAAAACGUAAAGAAGACCAUGGACGUUAACUUCCACAAGAAUCAAUUGACCAAAGACGAUGCAGAUUUCAAAUACGACACACGCGAAGUGUUCAACCCAACCGUUCCUUCGGGCUGGGACUCGGACGACUCUUUCUGA